AUGGAUAAAUCAGGUGACGCGCACGGGGUAGUUCAGCCGCGUCGUAUUGUUUCUUCUCCCAUUAUGAACCGACAGGCAGAUCAAUCUUUCAUAAGAUUGCUCACAGAAGAGUAUUUCGUUGCCUUAGUGAGCAUGGACGAGGAUGAUGAAGAAUUACUGAUCAACACCACCAGCUUCCACCAUUUCAUGUCCUUUGUUUUCAACCCUUGA